GCUGAAAGCACAAUUGUGAAGAGAGACUUUUCCGUAUGCGACGAAAUUAUUGCAGGCAUGCAGGAGUUCCAGUCAACUUACGAAAGGUUUAUUGGUCAUCUACGCUACAGUCCUUACAAGGAGGAAAUGGAUUACAUCAAUGAAUGUCUCAUAAGAAUGAUUGACGAGCUGGAGAUACAACCACCAUUUGUCCUUCUGCGGUUGGUUGAAUUUGGAUAUCAUGUCUACGAGAUUGGACAGCACAUCAGAGAGGAUUUAAUUCCCGGUUCCUUCACGCUUGCCAUUCAUUCUAUACAGUCAAGGAUAUACCGCCUACACACAGGCCGGGUGAUCCGGCAGAUCUACUACGUGCCAGAUGAUUUUGAUCCUGUGAUUGCCACCUACUUCAAGAGCCGGCGGCUAAUUCGGAUCGAGAGCUUCUGCCAUUGUCGAAUCGUCUUACUGGAUCCGUCAGACCCCAGAUGCAACCUCUGCCCCAUGGGCUACCGGACCAUUGAAGUGAACUUCCACGAGGAAAAGGGCCGUUAUUUGGGAUUUGCCAACUUGCUGAACGCGGUGGCUACCUCCAAGAUCUACACUGCCAGAGUGGUCGCCACUGUAUUCCGGCGACUAAGCGGCGUUGAAUGCGACCUCUCGCCGGAGGAGUUGCUGAAAUUGGAAUCAACUGAACCAAGGCAGACCUACGCUACUCUGCGUUCAGACCUCAAAAGCGGAACGGGCACGGCGCUGGCUCCCAAAAUUGACUCUGUCUAA